ACCUAUAACCUCUGGGUCUAAAGGCAGCACCUCUGACCACUACACUACCAGCUCAGCCCUGGUAACCAAACACCUUGUAAGAGAACUAAUUUCCAGGACAUGUCCUCAAAGUUUUGCACGAUGGUUUGGAGGAGCUCAACUGGCCGCGUUGUUUCUCGGAGACUGUUCCUUUCCAUUCAUAAAUGUCAAUUGGGGCCAUUAACUAGCACGUUGCCGUGUUGAAAAUCGAUGCGCGGCGACAGCUAGACACUCAAACUCGCUCAGCGCUGGACUGGUCAUUGAACAGCACACUCCGGUACUGUGGUACUACAGCACCACAAAUGGCACAAAUCAGCUCUUAUUUGCAUGAUCAUUCAUGGUGCUACUUUUAGCUCGCUGCUCUUCAUAUUCUGCAAUAGCUGACACUUGGUGUGUGUGUGUGUGUGUGUGUGUGUGUCGGGGGGUGUACACAACGACCCGCAGGACUCAUCAUUCAUCAUCACCAGGCAGACCUUUUCAAACAUGACUGGAACUGUUGGGGCUUUCCUCCCUCUUUGAUCCAACCGUGCCUCAUCGCGUCGGCCGCACGGCGACACCUCUGCGAAGGGCCCGCGUUUCUAUUUAUGCCCCCUCCGCUGCCGCGAGGGGCGUGCUGCCACUUGCGAGUUUGGUCAAUGUAUCAGGGGGGUUCGAUGUCUUCAUUUCCAGGCAUCGUGACGACAGAGGCACGGCACCAUCGCCGAAGCUUGCCCGAGAGCGGGGGGCUCCUAGCGGACGCCCGACCUUCAGCGGCCAGCGCCGUGAGUGUCUCAGCGAGCCUCCCGCCCCGCCCCUCGCCCUCUCCGUCUCUGUCAACUUUUCCAAAAUCGCCUGUUGCUGUGGAAACUUUGCGCGUGGGUACGGUAGAAAAGGGCCGCGAGGCGGGUUCCCCUGUCAGAGUGGCACCUGCGCGUCGGGGACUCGACACCAUACCGAGCAGCACCAUGGACCGGCAGAAGAGCAACGUGGAGCGCUUCCUCAAGCUGGGCUAUUGCUACGGGGACAUCCUGAGGGUGCUGGAGAGUCUGCACCAUGAUGCCGAGACCAACGACAUCCUGAAGGAGCUGCUGAAGACCAGCCAGAGCACGGGGUCCGCCCCCACCGCCGCUGCCUCCGCCACCAUCACCCCACCAAGCACGCCCAGGCUGGUGGCCAGGGGCUGCGGGGACAACGACGUGAACCUGGACGGAGGCCUACGGCCGGUCGUCAUCGACGGCAGCAACGUGGCCAUGAGCCAUGGUAACAAGCAGGUGUUCUCGUGCCGAGGCCUGCAGCUGGCGGUCAGGUGGUUCUGGGAACGGGGACACCGUGACAUCACCGUCUUCGUGCCCCUGUGGAGGAAGGAGCAGACGCGGGCCGAGUCCCCGAUCACAGAGCAGCAUAUCCUCUUUGAGCUGGAGAAAAGGAACAUCCUGGUCUUCACACCCUCGCGCUGCGUCAAGGGGAAGCGCGUGGUCUGCUACGACGACCGCUACAUCGUGAAGCUGGCCUACGAUUCAGACGGCAUCAUCGUGUCUAAUGACAACUACCGCGACCUGCAGAUCGAAAAGCCGCAGUGGAAGAAGUUCAUCGAAGAGAGGCUGCUCAUGUACACCUUCGCCAAUGACAAGUUCAUGCCUCCAGAUGAUCCGUUGGGAAGGAAUGGGCCGACAAUAGAUGACUUCUUGAGGAAAUCGCCGAAGACCGAGAGCAAACGAAUCCACUGUCCCUAUGGGAGGAAAUGCACGUACGGCAUCAAGUGCAAAUACUACCACCCCGAACGAUCCAACCAGUCCCAGCUGUCCGUUGCCGACGAGCUCCGCGCGAAGACCAAGCCGGCAGCAGAGAGGGAGCAGGUGGCCAACGGGAGACCCGGCUCCCCUGGCCAGGACAUCGCCUCUUCCAGGGCUGCUCUUUCCCAGCUGUACAGCAGCCUUCCACCCGCCACAACCCAUCCUAGCUUGGAGGACCUUCCUAGCAGGGUUUCACCCAGCAGACUCUCCCCAUGUGAGCAGUUAGAUAUCCCCCGCAUCACCGGAAGUCCCACCUACCUGCGCAAGUCCCCCACCGCCCCGAGCUCGGACAGCGAGGAACCUUUCGGCUCCUUAGAGGUGGCCGUGUCAGGGCUGUACAUCCAGGACCCGGCCCACGCGCAGGGGACUUCGUAUUCCUACAACGGCAGCGUACCAGACUUGCACCCGAGUCACGGGAGCAACAGCAGCCACGGGACAGAGCGCUGCUGCCCGCAGAGGCUGCACGGGGAGAUCCAAGCCCGUACGUGGCCACAGAGCACCUACGGUCACCCGACACACUCGAAUCACAGCCUCGCAGCCGGUUUACCCGUGUUCGAAAACCAGCCCCACCACCACCACCACCACAGCCGAUACACAGACGCGCACUACUCCCACUGCGCUGCCCCUCAGGAGUCCUUUCUGUCCAAAAGUCACCGAGCGAGUGACACGGUCAGCGAGCGCCGGAGGUGCACGAGGACCCAGCUGGGCACCAUCUUCCCGCAGACUGCAGUGGACCAGGCCAUGAGGCUGUAUCCGCACGCGCUCGACUCGGCCGAACUGGCCCCGCUAGUGCACCAGCUCAGGACCAAUCACAUCCAUUUCUAACAAGCCACUGUCAGCCUCUCAUUUCAGCAUUAAAAAUGGAAAUAAAAUGUCUUUCAUAAUCAAUACAUUUUUUUAUUCCGCUUCCCCUUCUCAUCAUGUUUUGCAAUACAAGAGAGUCCAAAUUUGUGCUACAGCUCAGCUUUUGAACAUCAGUCCUGGCUGACAGCUGCAUGUGUUUGACUGAACAAUCAAUCGAAUAUUCAGUGUUAGAUGAGGAUUAGCUGGGUUGAACACUGUGUGUUAAUACCUGCAAUAAGAAAAAUUAAAGCAUUUUAAUUUUAUAUUAAAAUGUAUAGUAAUUUCAGUUACUA